AUGGCAUUUCUUAUGAAUCAAAUGUUGGGCAGUAAGUUAAAGGGGUUUUCUGAUGGAGCUGGUGAAGGUGACGGAAAGGCUGGAGCAGGUGGUAAAGAAACGGCCGAGUCCAAAGGCAUGUCCAGGGAGGAGUUUGAAGAAUACCAGAAGCAGCUGGUGGAAGAAAAGAUUGAGCGAGACAAAGACUUUGCAACCAAGAAGGCUGAGAGGGCAAACCUGAGAGUUGCACUCAGAGAUAAAUACCGUCUACCUGAUAGCGCUCAAGACAGUGCAAUGAUUCAGAUGGCUGGGGAUGAUGUCGAUCUCCCAGAGGAGCUGGCCAAAAUGGUUGAUGAAGAUGAGGAGGAAGAGGAGGCCAAUGAUUCUUUCCUCAACAAGAUUCAAAACAUGGACUUGGAUGCACUGAAGACCACAGCCCAGAGCAAAGUGACUGAGCUAAGGCAGACAGCUGAGGAGAAAUGUAUCCUCAUGUAAAUCCUAAUGUCAGUUCAGGCUCCUCACCCAGGCUAAUUU